AUGUCUGAUACUGCUGGAAAGGUUAUCGAAUGCAAGGCUGGAGUCUGCUGGGGUCCUGGCGAGCCGAUUGUCAUUGAAGACGUCCAAGUGGCUCCUCCCAAGGCAGGCGAAGUUCGCAUCAAAAUUUUGUACACUGGAAUAUGCCAUACCGACGAGUAUACACGCAGUGGAAAAGAUUCUGAAGGUGCUUUCCCUGUGGUUCUGGGGCAUGAAGGCGGUGGAAUUGUUGAAUCUGUUGGCGAAGGUGUCACUGGCGUGAAACCGGGCGAUCAUGUAAUCCCACUCUAUACUGCAGAAUGUCGCGAGUGUAAAUUCUGCAAGAGUGGAAAGACUAACCUUUGUGGGAGAGUACGAGCCACCCAAGGGCAAGGCUUGAUGCCCGACGGUACGACUCGAUUCAAAGCCAAGGGCAAAGACAUCUACCACUUUAUGGGAACCUCAACGUUCUCUCAGUAUACCGUUGUCUCUGAAUUCUCGGUUGUUGCCAUCAACCCAAAGGCACCGCUCGAAAAGGUUUGCUUGCUAGGAUGCGGAAUCACCACUGCUUGGGGAGCUGUUACUAAACUUGAUGGAAUUGAGGGUUCUAAUGUUGCGGUCUUUGGUUGCGGUUGCAUUGGUCUCGGCUGCAUUAAUGCUGCACGCAUCAAAAAGGCAGCACGUAUCAUUGCGGUCGACACCAACCCAAAGAAAGAAGCUUGGGCGAAGAAGUUUGGUGGGGAUGGUGUCGAAUUUGUAAACCCCACUCAACUGCCAGAGGGUAAGAGGGUACAAGACCACUUGGUUGAUAUCACGGAUGGUGGCCUGGACUUUACUUUUGAUGCGACUGGAAAUGUCCAAGUGAUGCGCGCUGCACUGGAGGCAUCCCACAAGGGAUGGGGUGUAUCGACUAUCAUUGGUGUUGCUCCUGCUGGACAUGAGAUUUCGACGAGACCGUUCCAAUUGGUCACUGGACGUACUUGGAGGGGUUCCGCCUUUGGUGGCGUAAAGGGCCGCACAGAACUCCCUGGUAUUGUAGAGGAAUAUCUUGCGGGCAAGAUGCUCGUCGACGAGUAUGUCACACACCACCGUGACCUUGCAGAAAUCCAGAAAGGGUUCGAGGACAUGCACCAAGGAGAGUGUAUCCGCUGCGUUGUCGACAUGUCCAAAGUCUAG